CGGGCCGGGAGGAGGCCAGCUGCCCAGACACCUGGCUCCCUCCGCUAGACUUCCUCUGCAGACGUCAGUUCCUACUCCGCUGCUCCAAAGUUGGGGAGCCAGGAGGCCAGGCUGCGGAGCCCACAGAGGAAGUCCUUCUGUCCGAGCGUGGCGGGACCCAGAGUGAACUUAUGUCCCAUCCCCGGUAGCCCUCCUUAACCGGGUGCUGAGCAUGGCUUUCUCCACGCCGGAGAGUGCACCUCUGCGAGCGGAGAGUAAGCUGUGCACCAGCUGCGGGCAGCUGCAUGGAGCCUCGGACAACCAUCUCUACAACUUCCGGGAUGAGGUGGACGAGGAGCUGGUGUGUAAUAUCUGCCUACAGCCGUUGCUGCAGCCUGUGGACACUCCGUGUGGCCACACCUACUGCUCCCACUGCCUGGAAAGCUUCUUGCAGGAUUCCAGUUUCUGCCCCAUGGACCGGGAACCCCUGGCAUUCCCCAGCUGCCGCAAGUCGACCUUGUUGGUGAGAAACCUGCUGGACAAGCUCAUCGUUUUCUGUCCCUUCCCCCCAGAUUGUCUGCUCACCAUGCAGCGGUGCGAGCUGGAGAGUCACCUUCAGAAUCGGUGCCCUGGCUUGAGGAAAUACCAAGUCAAAAUCAUGAAGGAGAAAUGUCAGCAGGACCAAAAAACCCAAGAGGUGCCCCCAGAGCCGGAAGCAAGCAGCCCUUGUGGGGAGAAUUUCUUUGACAUUGAUGCCAUCUUAUCGAUGGAGUCUGAGUAUUCUUCUGUCGCUCCCAUGGUGCCUUGGACCAGUCCAGAGCCUGGCUUGGUGAACCCAGCCUUUGAAGAGACAGAUGAGGAUUCCAUCCUGAGUCUUUCCACAUCGGACCUGACUCGCAGCAACAGUCUUGUGGCUGAAACUGUCAUUGUGAACAUUUCCCGGGAUAAUCCUGACAAAGAGCUUGGGAUGAGGAUCGUUGGGGGCAAGGAUACUCCCCUAGGCAACAUUAUCGUGCAGGAAGUCCACCAGGACACCCCCUUGGGCAUGGAUGGAAAAGUGACCCCUGGAGAUCAUGUGCUAGAGGUCAACGGGAUCAACGUCAGCAAUGUCACCCACUCCCAAGCAAUCUCCCUGCUUCGCUACUCAGGGCCUGUGCUACAGCUGGUGAUCUUGCAAGAGAAGGGCUUCUUGAACAGAACUCAGCAAGAUGACAACCCGAUUCCCAGCAGGGCUGGGGAAAUCGUGCAUGUCACCUUGACGAAGAGGGACCGGCUACAGCCCCUGGGUAUCAAAUUGAUCCGGAAGGCUGACGAGGCCGGGAUCUUCAUUCUCGACCUGCUGGAUGGUGGCCUGGCAGCCAAGAAUGGGAAGCUGAGCCAAAAUGACAAAGUGCUCUCCAUCAACGGGCAGGACCUGAGACAGGGGACACCAGAGACAGCAGCCCAGAUCAUUCAGACCAGCGAGAGCCGAGUUCACUUCGUGGUCCUGAGAUCCCGAGGUAGCCUGAUCAUGGAGACAGAGACAGAUUCGGGCAGCUCGAGGCUCAGCAGAGGCGGAGGCAGGAGCAGCGAGAGCAACGGCAGCGGUGACACCAGCAACCACCUCAGCUUCAGCCAUGGGAACAACCCUCCCCCAAUGCCAGUUCCCCAAUGGAAGCCCGAGCUGGGGCACUACCCACGGCCCGUGGCUUUCUACCAGGACCCCCCUGCUGGCUUCCUGAGCCAGGAGAAGACCCUCACCAUAAGGAAAGACGUGAAAGAGUCCCUGGGCAUCACGAUUGGGGGCGGCCGGGAAGGCAAACACAGUGUGCCCAUCUAUGUGACCAGCGUGCAGCCUGUGGGCUGUCUUUGCCGGGAUAGCCGCAUUCAGAGAGGGAACGUUCUCCUAAGCAUCAAUGGCAUAGACUUGACUUCACUAUCCUACCAAGAGGCAGUGGCAGUGCUCAAGUCUCAGGCAGCCUCAGCCAUCAUCGUCCUGAAAGCCCUGGACAUCCUGAUGCCGCCUGUGAGCCCGGAGCCUUGGGCGGCCAGCCAAGAACCACCCAUGGAAGCCGGUCCCAGCUGGUCUCCCCUCUGGCUGUCAUGGCUGGGGCUCCCCAGUGCCCUCCAUUUGUGUCAAGAUGUUGUCCUACAUAAGAACACUGACGAGAGCUGGGGCUUCAGCAUCGUUGGGGGCUUUGAGGCCUCCAAAGGCAAUCAGCCCUUCUUUAUCAAGACCAUCGUGCCUGGCACCCCAGUGUUCCGGGAUCGAAGACUAAACUCCCCUUCCCAAGCACCUCUAAUCCCAGCACCUGCCGGAUCUUCUGAGGGACACGUGGACGUCCAGCUGACCGUGUUUGCGAGAAGGACUCAGACUUUCCUCUCAAGACCGGACCAGCUUGUCUUCUGAAUGUGACUUGAUUUGGGGCUUGAAGGAAAACUCUUUUUGUCAAAGUUGACAAGAUCGCCCAGAAGACAGUCAGGAUGCAGGCAGAAAUCUCUUCCUCCCUCCCUCCCUCCUUCCCUCCCUCUGUCUCUCCUCCUGUCCCUUCCUCCUUCUCUUUCUCUGCCCCUCCCUGCUUUCCUCCCUUCUUUCCUCCCACUUUCCUUCCCUCCUUCCCUCCCACUUUCCUUCCCUCCUUUCCUCCCACCUUCUCUCCCUCCUUCCCUCCCAUCCUGUGUCCUACCAUUUCUUUCUUUGAUCCCUCCCUCCCUCCAGACUUCCCACCCACCUUCCUUCCCGUUGCUUCUGUUCUUCCAAUUUUCCCCCCUUUGUAUUAUUCCUCCAUUCCCUUCCCCUUCCCUCAACCCUAUCCAUCCUCCUUUCCCACUCCAUUGACUCCUUCGUUCCCUUCCCCCAUCCCCCCUGCCCUCAUUCCCACACUACCUCAUUCACUUGUUUCCUCCCAGAGGCCUUCUAUCCCUCCCUCUCUGGUUCCCCCCGUCGCUCCCACUUUCCAGCCUGCCUUCCCUCCCACUCUCAUUCCAGUCUUGCCUUUUUCCCUCCCUCCUGUUCUGAUUUCCCCCCUCCCUCUGGCUUACUUCACCUCUUUCCCUCCCACCCUCAUUGCCAUUCCCCCAUACCCCUCUUGGAUUGUCUUACUCCCUCAUGUUGUCGUCGCUUCCCCGUGCUAUCCUAACUUCUUUCCCUUGUCUUUUGAGGAGCCCCAAUAACAGCUUCUCUCCCCUCCCAGACCUACAGGGCCUCCCCUCCCAUAGGUCUUUACCACCGACAGGGCCCCAGGUCACACAUUGUUCCCUAUCCAGUAAUUUCUCCACCCCCCCCUCCCGGCAGCUCCUGGGGCUUGACUCCAGCAGCAGAUGCAAUUUUGGACUCUGAAAACCCCAUCUAGGGUGUAUCUCCUCAGUCUAGUGCAGAUCGGUGAGGAGUGCCCUUCACCCUUCAUUAGCUCCUGGGGCCGGCCUGCUCCAGGGCUGUAACUCUAAACUCUGGCCAAAGCACCGAGGACUCGUGCCAGCAGAGGACCCGGCAGUUAGCUUUGCUCGGUCUCCCAUAGGCCUCAGAGCCUUUCGGCUCUUUCGAGCUAACAUCCUCUAGCAGUCAGACCGGGUUGUUGCUGGUUAUCCUGACGAGGGGCCUAGUUCUCUUCCUGCCGCUCAAAGUUGACCCUUCCAAGGGGCCAAGAUCCAACCAACUCAGAGAGGCAACUGGGUAAAGACUGUGGAAAUCUCCCUGAGGUGGGCAGGGCCCAGACAGCCAACCCAGGAGCCAUAUUGGUGAACAGUGACUGCCUACACCUACCCCCAUGCCUUUCCAACGUGGACAUUAAGAAGAAACUACCAGGCCAAGUCCAGGUCGGGGGUGGGCAGCGCCCUUGGCCCAGUGAGGGCCGAGAGGGCCCGGUUUACUACAUUAGAAAGUAUCCACUGCGACUCCCACCAAAUACACCGGCCCUUUGGAGGGACUUGACCCACCGAGGCCUGAGCCAAGACACCAAGGAAGAGAGGGAGAGCGUGAGAGCGGCCCUCUUACUGCCGCCGGAGCCCUCAGCAUCGCGACGCAGUAAAAUUAACCUCAUCGAGCCCAAGAAGCACAGGCCUGGCGAGGAUAUUCGGCCUGCCUGGGUCUUCUCUUUGGUCGGGAGAAAAUGGCCCCCCAAAGCAGAUCCCCCGCCUUCUGGAGCGCCCGGACCUACCAGCCAGCCCCGAGAUCCCAUCCAUGGGCCUAGUUUGCUCAGUUUGUGCCUCGACACGGACCCCCAUUGAAACAUCGUGGCUGCCUCUUGACUGUUUUAAUAAACCAUGACUAAAAUGA